UUCUAUUUCAUGACUACUGUUUACGCACCAUAUUUAUUUGGUAAAGUUUGGGACCCAUUAAUUGCUAUUGGAUUGGGUACUGUAAGUUAUUACAUAUACGAAAAGAGACACAGGUCUUCAAAUAAUAAAAAUCAAACACUUUUACUGAAUAAACCUUCCAAUAACAAAAAUUACAAAUAUAAUAGUGGUUAUUAG